GAUGUCAUGUUGGGGAAAGGGUUCCCCAGGUUCCCGGUGGGAGGCUCCUGCCCGUGGCCCCGGCUGCCCCACCCCCUGGCUGAGGUGACACAACCGUGUUGUUCCCUGUCACUCGGUUCCCGCUUAUCUCUCCCGCCUUGUCGGCGCCACCACCUUCUUGGAAAUGAGUAAGGGCAAAGGGGAGGGGGCUCAGCACCCCCGCCUCCCCAGCGGGCCCCAUAAAGGUGCUGUACCUGGGCCCCAGACGCCACAGCAAGUCCUAGACUCCACAGGACAGCCAGCCAGACAGCUCGAUGGCAGCGAGCACUCGGGCGCAGGCCACCUGCCUCCUGCUCCUCCUCCUCACCAGCCUGGCCAGUGGCUCAGUUUCCCGGCUCCAGACGGGACAGCUCCUAGACCCCCAGACCCGCGACGCAGCUGCAGAGAAGGGCGGCCUGCAGUCGGUGCUCCACAGGCUAAGGAGGCGAGAUACCCACAUCCCCAUCUGCAUCUUCUGCUGCGGCUGCUGUAACAUGUCAAGCUGUGGGAUGUGCUGCAAGACAUGAGCCUCCCUGGCCCGCCCCCCACCUCCCACCUCCUUAUUUAUUCCUGCCACCCUCCAACAUUUGUUUGAUGAAUAGUCUUGGAAUAAAAUGGCCGGUCCUGGCUUUGAUUUUCCAAA